UUUUCCCUGAAAAGUUGGCAACACUAGGUACAAAAAAAAUAUGGGUAGGAAUAGGCACCCUUUCAGACACAAGAUAUAUUCUUUGAGCCCUCAGUCCUCCAAAGUCUUACAAGUAACAUAAUUUAUAACGUGACAAACACUGUAUUCUUAUAUAAACGUUUUAAUAAAGUGUUAAGCAUUUGAGGAACUGGUCAGGUAAGACGACUGUAAUGGCCUUCAAAAUGGCGGCGUGUUUUCCUCAGGGAAUUGUUGCGAGGUGAAGCUGACUACGUCUGUUUACAUUUGUAAUGAAACAGGACCCUGCUUUCAGUUUAUUUCGUCAUCUUUACUUCAAUAUGAAAUACAUCGAAAAGUAACUUAAAAAGAAUGUGUCGGUCAUUUGUACACUAUUUACAAAUUUAAAUCUAGUCUUCGACCGGAAGCGCCUACAUGUUGGCCCCGUGCACGCGCUGAGGUCGAGUUCAUUUUUGUAGUGUACAUGUUUUAUACAUCUUGUACUAUUAUACUCGUUUUUAAUUUCAUGAAACAGGCGAUGUGCACGAUUCCGAUACUUUACGUUGCGUUCAAUCUGUUCGUCCCUACGGCUGCGGAUCAUGCUUUAGCAGAGAAAGGGCGCGCGGAGUUACAGAGGCUGCGGGAGUUUGCGGGUCAGACGCGGUAUGGCGCGUGCUGGUCCAGGGCGCUGGAGAAAGUCCAUGCAAACUGUCGGGAUUUCUCCGACGACACGCAGAGUAUGAUGGCUCUGGCCUUCACUCACUGUCACCUGAGAAGGUCUGGACGGCGUUUUCCGGAGUGUCCUGAUGGCGCCGACGUUAAAACGUGCACUCGUGACAUGGACCCCGUCGCGUUUAACACCUACACGGAGUUCUUCACCCACGCCCACAGUAUUUGCCACUACCUCCAGAGUGAGCAGUGGCAGCAUCGGGCGGAAAACACCAUCCACAGGCUGACGGAGAGUUCAGCCGGUGUGGCCGAGCAGCUUGCGUCCACCCAGAGGAUGGCCGAGGAUCUAGUAGAGGCCCAAAGUGCAGCUCUCAAAUCUCAGGAAACCAUCCUGCGCAACGGGGAAGAGCUCAAGACCACACUGCAGCACUCAACAAAAGGUCUGAGGGAUGUGUUCGCUGAGAUGAGGCAUUCUGUCCAGGAGCAGCAGGUGGCGUUUGCCGAGAUCUUUAAACGCGUCGCUUUCCUUCAGAGCUUCAUCAUGUCCGAGUCUCACACACUCAGCUCUCUGUUGUACAACGCGCUGGGGUUCUGCGCGUCCUUCCUGCUCACCUCUACACGCCGCACCUCAGGAGCGAGGCUUUUUCUGUUCGGGCUGGUGGCUCUGAAUGUCUACCUGGAGCGUUUGAUUUGUAGGAUGGUGCUGGAAGAUGAUAAUCCUGGAUAUCAGCAGAUGGAGCGGAUCGCCUUUUUGGUUGGGCUUCUCAGGAAGUCCAUGGUGAUGAUCGCCUGCGUCGUUCUGCUAUACUUUGCCACCCGGUUCCGUAACGUGAACAGGGAAAGUCUGGAGAUCCUGAGGGAGCUGAAAGAGACUCACACUAACCUUCAGCAAACCUUGAGGAAAGCAGAACGUCUUUCAGGGGCUUUAAAUGGCUGUACGAAACCCAGACAGGAGCAAUGGGGUAGAAAGUGGGAUCGAGAAGAGAAGAGCAGCAUGGUCAUUCUGCAUCCUUCUGGCGCCAUAGAGGCCACCUUGCCGUCAAUUUCUUCCCUACGAAGGAGCCGACAGUGUAAGAGCUCUGUUCCACCACUGGAGGCUCCGAGUACCUCAGAGGUCCCAAAAAGACUGCAGCGUCGUUCCUCAGGCUCCCGUGUGCCUAACUCUUCAGCAGUCGUCUACAGCGUGAUCCUGGAGGACAGCCACAACCAGCCGAGGUACAGCCUGAGGAGCAGGAAAUCCUUAUGUGCCCUGGAGCCAGAAGGCAACAGAGACUGAUAAUGAUCUGUUCAGGUGUGUGUGUGUGUGUGUGUGUGUUGGGAGGACGGGGGUGCAAGGGGGUGUGACGAGUGACCAUGUCUGUGAAAUAUGGAUGCCUCUUAGCUGUUAUGAUCACAUUUCACUUUUUUUUCAUGAAUUUCUUGUGGAUUCUUUUAAUAAAUCUGCUUUUAAUAAUCAGGACUGUUAUGAACAUGGUUAAUAAAUUCAUCUUCGGGUGUUUUGUUGAUGUCAUGGAGCCCUUUUGAACCGUGUAAUCAAAACUCCCUCAGCAAGGCUACCACCUUCUGGAGAAAUGCUUUCAUUGCUUUUUUUUUUUUUUUUUCUUUCCUUUCUGCGUAACUCUUUUUUCCAAAGGCCAGAAAAGGCCUGUUUUGGGGGUACCCCAUGUUCAGCAUUGAAUUUAUUUGUGAGGUCACACUCCACAAUAGUGGUUCAUGAGUAGUGACUCAUAUGAAAGUAGACACUCGCUUUAAGAAUUUGCAGUUUUUCAUUAUUAUUAUUAUUUAUUUAUUUAUUUAUUUUUACAUACUAGGUUUAAAUGUUAUUUUAUUGUUUCCGUUUUAUCUCUGUACCAGUGUUAUUGUGGAGAAGUGUGAAUUGUUUGCCCAGCAGGGGGCUCAAACCCCUCCCCUUUUCCAUCACCCUGCUCACCAGCAGCUAAACACAGUCACGAUACUCUACACACAGAAACCCAACAGCGUCCUGAUUAAUCUUCUAACACGCUUGCACUAAUAAAAAUAAUUCAUUUCAUUCUACUGAUUGAAAACGUCCGAUAAGUCGAUUUCCAUUCCGCCAGCAGAAUGGGACGCUGCGAGAAAGGGUUCAAUUCGAAGGAAACCGCGCUAUAGUAUGGCAUUAGCAUUGAAAAUUUAUCUGUGAAUCAUAAUGGACUGAUUUGGUCUGGGAUAGUUAGAUUUCUUUAAACCAAUAAAAGUAUGAAAUACAGCUUUUUUUUUUUUUUUCUUUCCAGACGCACACCAGUGGUCGCUUUAUAUAUCGAUGUUACGUAUUCUAUCUACACCAUGACUGAAAGUCUCCAUCUGAGAGUUUAAUUUAGUUUGAAAUGAAACUUAAAGUAAAAAUCCACCCUGGAUGAUUUACAUAUUCAUCUUUAUAAUUAACGCGAUCUUCAAUGGUGUCCACAAUUUCAAUUUUUAAUUUUUUUUUGUCGUUGACACUUUAGUUAACGUUACCCACAAUCCCUUUCGACUACCUGCCGAAAGAGGUGCAGUGGAACCAAAGAGAGCGAUGCAGUGGCACUUUAGUCCUUUAGUCUGUCCAGCUCUCUCAUCUCAUCUUCUCUUCUUUAUAACUACUCGAACAGAUCAGCUUGCAAAUCUUCAACUUUCAUGCGAAUACCAUCGCCGACUAGCCGAGCCGAGUCUCUGCUGUAUACUCUGCUGUGUAUCCGCGUUGCGUUCUGGGAAUUUGAUUCCAGUGUUUGCACCAAUAACUCCACGACUUCUACGUUUCAUAAAUAUGACCUGUACAUACCCUAAUAAACCGAAUAAACCCCGUUGUAACUGGGUUAGCAAUAACAACGUCAGCCUGUGACCUCAGCACAUCACACAACGGCUAACGUCUCACAGGAAUAAUAAAAAUACAACAGCAACCAAUAAAUUAUCACCUGAAACCGUAAACGCAUCACAAAUGUUUCACUAUAAACAGAGUUCAUGUGUUUUUCCUUUGAGGCAGAUCUGGAACAACAGCCGCGCUCUGUGCUCUCU